AGGAAGGAGGAGGGGAAGGGAGAAAAGAAACCUAGUAGCUACAUAUGUUAAAUGUAGGCUAGUCUAAGGUACCAAGUCAUAAGAAGCUAUGGUAUCGAAUAAUCGAUUUGAAUAAUAAAUCUCUCUUACUUUAUUUUAUUUUAUUUUAUUUUACUUACUACCCCUACUUGUUACUUACUAUUUACUACUUACAUUUAAGGGUUUCCGAAUUUCAGACAAAGAGACGAGAGAUAAAGACAUUGUUUCAACGAGAACCGAAUCGGAUCAAGAAAGACCACAACUCACUCCACUGCCAACCUAUUUGGUUCCAUAAGUUUACAACACAUCACACAUAAACAUGGCAGCAGCACCAAAGUGGAGGAUAGCCUUGGGGGCUGAUGAUGCUGGUGUAGGUUACAAGAAUAAGAUCAAGGAGGACUUCGAAAAGGACCCCCGCGUCGAGUCCGUUGUAGACGUCGGUAGUCUCUCCGCGGACGAUAAAACAGCCUACCCCCACCGAGCAGCAUCGGCAGCACAACUUGUCGCAGAUGGCAAGGUCGACAGAGCUCUUCUUAUCUGCGGUACAGGUCUAGGAGUUGCUAUCUCGGCGAACAAGAUCAAGGGUGUUCGAGCUGUUACAGCUCAUGAUAGCUUCUCGGUAGAGCGUGCUGUGUUGAGCAACAAUGCUCAAGUCCUCUGCAUGGGAGAAAGAGUUAUUGGCUUGGAACUUGCACGCAGAUUGGCCAAAGAGUGGCUCGGAUACGUCUUCGACGAGAAGAGCGCAAGCGCAGCUAAGGUAGAGGCUAUUAGGGACCUUGAAAAGGCUCUAUAGAUGGUGUGUGUUGAGUUGGGUUUACAUCUACACGAUAGCAUGCGGGCAUUAUAUUUGCUGGAAGUGAUAACGAUCUGAU